CAAAAACAAUUAAAACUGAAAUAGGUAUAUUUUCGUUUUAUUUAGAAAAAAAAAAAAAUUAACAAAAUUUACCAAUAAUAUUUGGAACAAAAUUUGUAGUUUUAAGUGAACAAACUGUGAGCUAUUAACAGCCUGCCAUGCAAUGUUUCAAAAGUGUACAGCGUAAAAUAUUCAAUGCAACGGUACUAAAAACGGAUGUACCCCCAACUACGGCAAUCACUUCAAAAUCCAUAAAUGAUGUACAAACUGUAAUAAUUGGGGCAGGUUUGGCAGGUCUGUCGGCGGCAAAUCAUCUCAUUAAACAUGGCUUUAAACGUACCAUUAUACUUGAGGCCACUAAUCGUUAUGGCGGUCGUAUAAACUCAAAACAAUUUGGUGAUGCCUUCUGUGAACUGGGCGCCAAGUAUAUAACCAUUGAUGUAUCACAAAAUUCCAUCUAUGAGCUGCUGCAACAUGCUCCCGGUUUACCCAAAAAAAUUGAACAGAAAACCGAUACUGUUUAUGUGGACACAAAGGGUGAACAAAUUUCCAAGCAUAUACCCGAUGUGGUGGAUGUGUACUUUAAGAAACUGUGUGCUGGCAUAGAGUUGAAAAAUCGUUACAAAAAGGGUCAUCUGCAUGAGUUGGAUAAUGUGCACACAUAUUUUCAAGCAGAAACGUCCAAGAUCAUAAAGGGUAUGUUUAAAGAAAAAGAUCGCAGAUUAGUGGGUGAUAUUUUUAUGGCUUUUAUGAAGGAGUAUGGUGGAAAGUUGGGCUGCAACUUGGAGAACUUGAAUGUGGAACAAUUAAUUAAAUUUAAAAAUCAGUUUUCCUAUCCCCUCUAUAUACCCAGCGGUUUGGAUAGUAUUCUACAGGAUCUGGUAGCAAAUAUUGAGGGAGAACAUUUGCACAUUGAAAAGCCGGUGGGUGAAAUAAAAUGGUAUGGCAUUAAUAAAGAUUUACACAAGUCUGUUAAUUGCUUGGAUGGUUCGGUUAUACCAGCCGAUCAUAUUAUUUGCACUUUGCCAUUGGGGGUGCUUAAAACCUUUUCGGGUUAUAUGUUUAAGCCGACCUUGCCGCCGGAGAAACUAAAAUCAAUAGAGAAUAUUGGCUUUGGCAGUCCGGUUAAAAUCUAUUUCGAAUACCAGAAACAUAUUAAAACGUGGUUUUCAUCGAGUCUACGACCCUUGUGGUCUGCUGAGGAACGUGCCGCUGAUCUCAAAUGGACUAAGCAAGUGGUUGAAAUAUCAAAAUUACCCACCAGUAAUAGGGUUCUGGAAAUCACCAUUGGUGGUGCAUUCUAUGAUCAAAUUGAAAAGUUGCCCGACACGGAGGUUGUCAACGAAAUUACAAAACUCCUUAGGAAAUGUUUAAAGAAUUCCAAGAUUCCCUAUCCUUCGGAGAUUUUACGCUCAAAUUGGGGUAGCAGUGCUUGUUAUCUGGGCGGUCGUCCAUAUUUUUCUACCAACAGCAGUGUCAAGGAUAUACAAACUCUAUCCGUACCUUUGGGCAUGACACCCAGUUUGUUAUUUGCUGGUGAUGCCACUAUAGUGAAUGGUUUCGGUACCAUGGAUGGCGCUAGAAUGAGUGGUAUACGAGAGGCUCAACGUAUAAUUGAUUAUUAUACCAAAAAUAAUUUUAAUAAUAAAAUUUAAGAAAUUCGCUUUAAAUUAAUUAUGUAUCUAGAAUAAGUUUUAAUUAAAUGAUGAUUUAUUUUGUGAUAUAACUAAAUUUUACCCUGGUAUGUACUAUAUUUAAAUUAUUAAAAUAUACAUAAAUAAAAUUGUUUUUUUUUUCGAAUAAUA